AUAGCCAAGUUUCGCACCAUUUCAAGCCAGGAAUUUUGACCACCCCACGCGCGUACACACUGGCGCGGCGUUUUGGCGCAUUUUGUGGUAGUGUUUGUGUCGGAAAAUAAAAUAAAAUUCGCAAUGUCGACGCUGGAACUGUGCGAAAAGUACUUUGGGACGCGGGAUGUGUACCAGCUGAUGGGUCUGGCCAAGGGCGCCGUCGAGAAGGAGGUGAAAAAGGCCUACCACAAGCUUUCGCUGCUCGUCCAUCCGGACCGAGUGCCGGAGGAGCAGAAGGCGGAGUCUACGGAGAAGUUCAAGGUGCUGUCAAAGCUCUACCUGCUCACCGACACCCAGAAGCGGGCCCUUUACGACGAGCAGGGCGUGAUCGACGACGACGACGCGGAGUCCAAGCUGUCGUCCUGGCUGGACCUCUGGAGCAAGAUCUUCAAGCCCAUCUCCGAGGAGGACAUCAACAACUAUGAGAAGGAGUACGUGGACUCGGAGCUGGAGCGUACGGACGUGAAGAAGGCGUAUCUGGGCGAGGGGUGCAUUAACUAUCUGAUGAACCAUGUGCCCUUCAUGAAGGUGGAGGACGAGCCGCGUACAAAGAUCGUCCAGGACAUGAUUGCCAGCGAAGAGGUGCCCGAGUUUAAGAUCUUCACCGAGGAGCCGGCCGCCAAGCGCAAGAAGCGCCACCAGAAGUACGCGCGCGAAUUCAAGGAGGCCAAGGUCAUCAAGGAGCGCCUCAAGCGCCGCCAGCAGGAGAAGGACGACCAGGAUCUGGCCGACAACGGCGGCGAUUUGCAGCAAAUGAUCCUGGCGCGUCGCAACCAGCGGGAGUCCAACUUUGGUUCCCUGAUGGACCGCCUCAUGGAGAAGUACGGCAACGAGGACGACUCCGAUACCGUCGACUUCAGCGCCUUCGAGAAGAAGAAAAAGAAGACCAAGAAGCCCGCCAAGCGAACCAAACAGAAGCUGAAUGGAGUCAAGACUGGCAGGGUGGAGAAGACCAAGAACUAGGGUCCGUUUCUAACCCUCAUCGUACUUUCUUAAUUAUAAUAUCCUAAUCUUACGCCCUAGCUUAGUCUUAGUUACUCAUACAUAUUAUCCGUGUACGUACAUAUACUUCACACUUUCGUAAAAUUCAUACUAAAUUGGGAUUACAAAAUUUCAUUUUGAACGGUGCAAAGCGACACAGAUGUGUGUAUUUCUUGUUUGAAAAAGUGCCCAAUAAGUUCAGAAAAUAACUGAAAAUAUUUUGUCUACAGUCCUUUGGUUCGCAUGUAAAUCAAAUAAAUGAUUCUAAUGUUAUUACUGCGCA